CUAUAGGUCAGUUUCUCCAUUAUAUUCAUCAGAUAUGUCUAGGUAUUUAACACACUCAUAUCCUCUUGUCUUAUACGUUUGAGGAUAUAAUAGUACAUUCCCCAUCACAACACUUAAAACUUUGACCUGCAAUAAGAUACCCCCCUGCAUAUACUCAGUAACUUACCAAAUAAAUCGUAGUCCAUUGCAACUCAUAUAACUAACAUAAUGGCUUCUUAUACCGCUUCCCGAGAAUCUGUAUCCCUCCUACCAGGAUCCUUUCCAACAGACGACACGAUAGCCGCACAAGAUCCCAGCUUAGCUUCCUCAGAUUCUCAUCAUAAUAAGCUGCAUAAACGAGAAGACCCAAGGGGAUGGAGUGAUGAAGAGAAAGCAGCUCGAAAACACCAGCAUACGGACUCCGCUAUUGAGUUGACAGAUCCAGAUCAAACCUUACAGCCAAACUCCCACGCUCGCGACCGAGUGAACGAAGGAACUCUUCAGUCUAACAAUGUCACUGUACGAGAUAGCGAUGUAGUACCAGGCACUAGUUCCCCUAGCACGACAAGAUCGCCCAACUAUCAAGGAAAUGACAGUAAACCUGGCUUUAUGACCGGUGCUGUUGACAGUCACAAUGCCAACAGUGCCAGCAACCCUUAUCCUAAAACGACCACAGAGGAUAUUUCCUCUCAGAAUCAAACCAGCUCAAGGGGAAUUGGUGCUGUUGGUCCCGCAACUGGGAUAGCCACUGCUUCUACGACCGACAACACGCAGCCAGAGCAAUCACCCGAGAAUCGAAACACCAUUCGGAACGGCCUGCGCCAAACCAGCAAUGUUGAGCAUCAGGAUCCGUACUGGGGCGACGCUCCCCGCGGGACCGGCAUUUAUAACACAGUUACUGGACACGGUAGCCCCGAGACAGCCACUGAAGGGUCCAUUCAAAACCAUGGCCCUUCUCUGAGUCAUGGACAGCAACGCGCAUUCCCGCUUGUCCUCUCUAGUAACGCUGCUCGCGACGAGGCUACCAACCCCAGCGGAUCGCGGUUUAAGGAAGGCUUGGAUGAAUCCACUACAGGCGUAGCUGCAGGUCUCACCACAUCUGAACUUGCCGGAACGCGACGAGACCAUCAGCAUAAAGACGACGUAAGGGAACCCGUCUCUCACAAACCCCAUGAAGCAGAUGCGAAGAAAGAGAGCAGAAUCGGUGGCUUAUUCCAUCGGGACCACAAGGACGAGAAAGACAUCAAGUCUGAGAGUAGGCUUGAGCCAGUUCCUAGUAAAGACAACAGACCUUUGACCGAAAGGGAUGCGGGUGUGGCCCUUGCCGCCGCAACUGGAGCGUAUGGUGCGAAGGGGCACUCCGACAAGCAUGUCAAGAAAGCCAGGGACUUGGAACAUGGAGUGCCAGAUGACAAGGUUAAUGCACUCUACCAGCAUCCCAACGAGAAGAUUGACUCGGACGAUCCCUUCGUAGCUGCUGGAUACAUGAGACAUGGCAGCAAGGACACCAGAAAGAUUACGAACUCUUAUACCCCCGCUGAAGAUGUGGCUAUGAGAGAUCACUCUUUGGCCUCCCAGGCCACAGGCAAGCCUAACGAACGAAAUGACUCGAAACUCGGCUACGGCCUUGCAGCUGCUGGUGUAGGAGCUGGCGUAGGAGCUGGUGCUGGCUAUGCUGCUCACGAGCCUGCCCAUAGGGAUAGCGAGAUGAACAAGGUGCAUCCCAACCAGCAAAAAUUCCACGAAUCAACACCAAAACAUUCACAUGCUACCGCGCAGCCGUCCGAAUCAACUUAUGUUAUCGGCCAGCCUCAACUCGCAGUGCUUCCCGAAAGGGGAGUGAUCAGCGACCCCUCUGAAAGGGAGCAGAGCUUGCCACAUACAAGUUCCAGCGCAAACCGCUCCCUCGACAACCCUAGCCGCCAUGGCGAGUAUAAUAUCCCACCAGGCGGCACAUCUUCCGGCAUCAGCAUCGGCGACUAUCACGACGACAAGAAAAACGUGGUGGAUUCUUCGCUCAACACUACACAUGACGCCUCGGCAAGGGAUAACCACACUGGUGCCAAAGCGGCGGUGGCUGGUGCUAGUGUCGCCGGUGCAGGCGCUGCAGCUCGCUAUACCGGCCAGCGUCACAGCAACGCCUCAUCCGGGGUCUCCGGCGCCAGUGGCCCUGCGGCUACGGACUCUACAAGCAGUAACACGUAUAGGACCCUACCAACUGGCACACCCUCCGGUAUAAACGUCGACCACAGUCAGCAACACGGCCAGCGGAACGUCGCUACAUCAUCCCCCGUCGCGCACGGUUCCGUGGAUAACAACAACAAGCAUAGCGGUACUAAAGCCGCAGCUGGAGCCGCCGGUGUCCUCGGAGCUGGAGCCGCCGCAAAGCAGCACCACCACCACUCCCACCGUACCUCCAACGAUCAUAUAUCUACUCCAUCCCGCGCGUCUCGCGACUACCGGUCUCCCGCCGCUGCCGCAACCGCCAGCAGUUCCGGCAGCCGCGCAUCGACGGAUUCCAGCCACGGGGGGCAGUACAACGUCCUGUCCUCCGGCACGCCGUCCGGGAUCAACAUCGGCGAGCGGGACGACGUCGGGCGCAAGAACUUCUUAGAUAGCGUUCCUAGUCCUAGCAAGGCCAAGGGGUCCACAGCAAGAACAUCAACAGCACAUCCCGCUACUACUCCUGCUGCUGCAGCAGCACCGGUGCAGGAAGUGUGGCGAGGAGAAUGAUAUCACGGGGUACUUCCGCACGUGAGAGGGGUUACUGUCUGUAAAGGGAAAUGGGAAACGGAGAAUGAUAGUACGAGCGAUGGGGGGUUAGAGGGGAAGGGAGGUCCGGUAUGAUGUAUUACGAUUAUUUGCGGGAUGAAUUGUGCAAGAAAACAGACACUGCAAGGAAUGGGAAAUAAUGGAUGAGAUAGCAAUGUAAUUAGGCGUAAGGUUUGGUUAGCUAUAGCAGCAAGAUGAAAGAAAUACAACUAUGAGAUAUUGAAAGAUUACAUAUAAUUGUCUCUUG